CGUAUGGAGUUUUCUCAACACCCAAUCAUCUCUCUUCCUCGCUCUCACACUUCUCACUCUCUCUCCUCUUUGUUUCUCUGUCGUCAACGUUUCACUUUUUACGCUCCAAUCCCUUUAAAACCCUGCAAUCGCAAAACCCCCCAAAAUCCACAGACGCAAAUUCACAACACUCAAAACACACAUUCGCACCUCCAUUCAUCAUCCAUUGAUUUCAUUCACUCUCUCAAUGUCUUACUGGAUUUGAUUAUUCCCCCAUAACUGUCUUCGUUCUAGGGUUUCUUUGUUUUUUUUUUUUUAAAAAAAAUUAGGGUUUUUGCGUUGGAGAGAGAGUGAGAGAGAAAUUGGAGCUCCGAUUCAAUGGAAGCCGCGGCUGGUGUCGCCGCCGUACGCGGUGUUUCUAUGCCGAUGCCGACUUCUCAGCCUUCGCGCAAAGAGUGGCGUGUUGUUUCCGAGCAUUCCGUUCGAAACUCUAGCAGCGAGGACUUGGACCGUUCGAAGUUAGGGCAAUCGGAUGAGAGAACGAUAUAUGAGGUGCAGCAGGGAAGAGAACCGGCCGAUGUGGAUUUCUGUUCAAUCACCAUCGAUGGAAGUUUGGACAAUGAUAUUUUGCAGCAGCGACUUCACGGUGUUGCUAGGCAGAGAGAGGGUCUGCAACAGAUUGAGAUUGAACUUCGAGCUCAAAUCAUUGCGAGAUCGGAGAUCAUUGAAAUUCAAAACAACUUUGAUGCUCAGAUUACUGAACACGCCAAUGCCAAUGUCAAGCUUCAGGAGCAACUGCAUGAAAUGGAACAAACAAUACAUGAGUUGGAGAGGAAGACAGAAGAGAAAGAUAGAGAGUUGCACGCAAUUAAACUGGACAAUGAAGCGGCAUGGGCAAAGGAUGAUCUCCUUAGAGAACAAAACAAAGAAUUGCAGACAUUCCGGAGGGAGCGUGAUAACUCUGAAGCUGAAAGAGCCCAACAUCUUAAACAGAUGCAUGACCUUCAAGAACAUAUUCAGGAUAAAGAGCGGCAGUUCCUUGAAUUGCAGGAACAGCAUCGAGUUGCUCAGGAAACCAUCCUGUUUAAAGAUGAACAGUUGAGGGAUGCUCAAGCGUGGAUUACGCGUGCUCAGGAGAUGGAUGCUUUGCACUCAACUACUAAUCACUCAUUACAGGCUGAGUUGCGAGAACGAACAGAACAAUAUAACCAGCUUUGGCUUGGUUGUCAACGACAGUUUGCUGAGAUGGAAAGGCUUCAUUUGCAUACAAUACAACAGCUCCAGCUUGAACUGGCUGAUGCAAGGGAAAGGAGUGGAACUUAUACUGAGGAAUCACGUGUAUCCCAAACAAACUCAAAUGAUGCUCUGCAGUAUGGACAGAACAAUGGAAACCAACUAGAUGUGGAUGGAGGUGUCACGACAAAUUCAAAUUCUGGGGACCUACCAAAUGGAAAUGUGGAAAAUGUUACAUCUUUUGUCUCAACUGGCAAUGCUUCAACUCAGGCUGACCAUGUUCAUGGUGCUCCAAUUGCUCCAUCUUCCCUACUUGGGAUGCCUACCUACCUUCCACCUGGACAGGUGACUGCUUUGCAUCCAUUUGUUAUGCAUCAACAGGGCGUGCCCCACUCUGUCCCAGCGCAUGUUACUCAAUCUCAUGUUGGACAUUUUCACUCAGUACCUGCAAUUUCAUCUCUUCAACAUUGGCAGAACCAACAGGCUGCAUCAGAGGGUUUGCAGGUGCCAACUCACAACCAAUAUCCUUCAUCUCAAACUGAUCAGAGCUUGUUGAGACCAGAUACUAAUUAUGACUAUGAAGUGUCUGUAAAUGGACAAGCUAUUCACCCAGACUAUUUAGAUGUUCAUGCGAGCCAAGGAAUGGAGCCUGAUACUGUGAUCACUGCAUCAGUUCCAGAAGGACAGGUUCUUGAGCAGGUUGAUAAAAGCUACCUGGUAGCCCCACAACCCCAACAGAGCUUGCAACAUAUUUCUUCCCAGUUUCGCGAGGCUCUAAGAAUAGAUUCUCUUUCACAGGAUAGUGAAACCAAGGAGAAGAUCAUUACCUCUUCGACUAAUCAUGGCUUGGAGGUUCAAGAGUUCAUUACAGAGCAAGCAAGUUCUGCAAAUACACAAUCAUCUGAAACACCAAUCACUCAUGUGAAUUUCAGUGAAACCACAAUGAACAAUGCCACUGGUGUGGUUUCAUCUGAAUCAUUUGUCUCGUCUGGGGAGAAAAAUGUACAUCCUGGUGGAAAGACUUCAGAGACAGCUCUUCUUGAUGAAAGAUCAUUGUUGGCUUGCAUUGUUCGCACAAUACCACCUGGAUCUGGUGGUAGAAUCAGGAUUAGCUCGACGCUUCCAAAUAGGCUUAGCAAAAUGCUUGCCCCUCUACAUUGGCAUGAUUACAAGAAAAAAUAUGGAAAGCUUGAUGAUUUUGUGGCUGGUCAUCCUGAAUUAUUCUUAAUUGAAGAGGACUAUAUACAACUUCGAGAGGGUGCACAAGAAAUCAUUGCGGCUACAGCUGCUGUUGCCAAAGUCGCAGCAGCAGCUAAAACAGCAUCUUCUCCUUAUUCAUCAUUGUUGCCAUCUGUUGCUGUUACUCCCAUGGCACAAUCUCACCGACUAAAGAGGGCCCCAUCCAUUGAUUCUUCCAGACCUGCAAGUGCCACUGAUAAUCAUUCGCAGCUCUCAGUGCAGAAUCAGCAUUCUAAUGGUGUUCAUCUAAAUGCUGGAGGUAUCUCAAAUAUUAAAAUUUUGAGCAAACCAAAAGAUCCUCUGGAACUGAAUGGCGCUGAAAGUAGGCCUGGCCAGUCAUCUGGACUUGUGGCAGUUGGAAAUGGAGCAAACCCUGAUAGGUCUGGUUUGGGCAAUUCUCUAAGCAAGGGGAGGUCUAGUGCGAAUUUUGUGGGAAAACUGCAGGGCAGGGCAACGGGGGUUGCAUCAACUUCUAGAAGAUAGGUACAAUUUGGACAUCUUCCCGAUCAAAUGAACGUUCAUCAAUGUGCACAGAUCUAGGGGAUGAUGAUAGCAUUUGAGGGAGAGUUUCUAGGUUGAAAUCUCUCGUAUCUUUUGCAUUUGAUAGAAUUAUCUGAUUGGAAUCCUUUAAUUGUCCCCCUCUCCUGCACCUCUCUUGUUUUCGUUUUGGAAGAACUGUUUAUUUUUACAUAUUUUUACUCAGAACUGUACAUCCAUCUGCCUGCUGUGAUAUUCAUAUCCACAAUUGCAUCUGUUAUCUGGCAGCUUGCAAAAGUAGUCUGGCAGCGUACUUUUUUGUCUGCGGAUUCUAAAUUAUUGGAAAAUAUUGUUUCCUGAAUUGGCUGAACUCUUCUUUUCAAUUAUUAAAUGUGUUUGUAUC